AUCGUGGGUGAGAUCGGAUUGGACAAGGCGAGGGAGUCGGGCAAGAAGUCUUGGGAGGAGCAGCGAAAAAUAUUCGAGCUGCAAAUGAAACUUGCUGCUGAGCUAAGAAGACCGGUUUCGGUGCAUUGUGUACGGGCAUAUGGUAUCGUGUACGAGUGGCUCAAAGGGCGGUCCGCGGCCGAGUUGCCCCCUUCAGUGGCAUUCCAUUCUUACACAGGUUCGCUCGAUAUGGCGGGCGCUUUUUUGCGUCUAGAACAUCUGCAAGGAAGCGUUUUUUUUGGCUUCUCAGCCGCUGUAUGUCUGCGCUAUCCAGCGGCUGAGGCAAAGCUACGCCAAGUGUUGCCGAUCCUGCCAAAGGAAAGUCUGUUGCUCGAGUCGGACCUGGACGACCGCGAGGCUGUCCCCGGGGCCAUGAACACCAUCUGUGACGUGGUUGCCGAGGUCAAGGGCAUGGAGCGGAAUGUAUUGGCAGAG